UUACGUCGUCAAACUAGCGCUUGCGCUUGUAUUAUACAGAUCAUCCAGCCUGUGAUUUCUAUCGACUACACCAUGAUCAGACGCACGCCUACCAUGAUUCCAAUGUCAGACGCCGACGUCCAAGAAAUUCGAGACCUCGUCGCAGACCAAAAGUCUCGCUUUGAGGCCAAGCAAAAGACCCUCCUCGCAAUGAAAAAAGUGGCUGAGCAUCCAAUCCAGCCAAACGAUCCAGAAACCUUGCCGUGGUUCCAGCUAUUGGUGGCUGAGAGGAAUAGACGGCUCGGUAUACCUGCCCCGAGCACAGGUAUUCGUGGGAGCGCAGGUAUUCCUGGUCCGAGUACAGGUUCUAGCGAUACAAAUGCGAGGUAAAAUACAGAUGAAGCGGUGCUAGACGCAGUAAAAUCCAAGCCCGCUUUCAAACGCAUUCCUGAAUCCUGUACAUCAGCUGUCAUCAGCCCCUUAUCAGAAACAUCAAAAGAUGUCCCAAAACAUACCAUCCAAGUCUCUCUUAUCACAUAACGCUGCAAGGUCAGGCCUAUGAAGGUGUAAACACGUCGUCUUGAGGCUCUCCCAUAGUGUGGAGUUUGUUACACCACGCUUGUCGUUCAUGCCACCAUCGUCCGCCACACCAUCACUAUCUUGCAAAACUAACGCAUCGAGAAUGUGUGACUGUGCCUCCUCGUAUCGCUGUCAAACCAACGUCAACAACAGCACAGCAUCACAGCUUAUCGGAAUAAGAAAGACCCACCCGAAGAUUAAUGCAAGAAAU